AUGGCAAUUCCCGCGGAUAGUUUAAAUUGUAUUCUUUGUGACAAUUGUGUGGAGAACACGAGACAUUUCUUUUUAUCUUAUGGGGUGGUCAAGAAGGUGUGGUGGGAAGUUGCCGUUUGGGUGGGAGAAAAGGAGAAGGAUGUGGAAGAUUGCAAAACUAAUUUUUUGGAUUGGCAUAACAUUUUCCGUUUGAAGAAAGUGACAAAAGGGAAGGAUGGAAUGAUUUGGCUUGCUUGUGUUUGGACUCUUUGGAUUCUUAGAAACGGUGUGCGUUUUCGGAAGGAUAGGUGGAGUAUUAACGAUAUAGUUUGGAAUAUUAAAGCUUUAGCUUGGAAGUGGAUGUUUUGUGGUAAAAUUGCACAUCCCAAUUUCUCCUAUUAUGAGUUUGUUAUGGAUCCCUUGUUUUUCCUCUCGUUGUAG